AUGUAGCAAAUUGAUAAAAUAAAUUUAAGAAAAUACAUUUUUAAUAUAAUUAAUUAGAGAUAUAAAACCUUGCAAGUUGAUCCAAAACAUUUCAAUUAAUUAUAUACUAAAGGUAAGAUUUUUUGUUAUAAUUUUAUAGCUGAAAAUCUAAUUUUAAUAAGUUAUCUCCUUAUUAUAAGAAUGCUUGACCAAAAUAACCAAACCUUUUUUGGGUAUAUAAAGCUCUGCAGAUUGAUUCAAAACAUUAUAAUCUAUAUUUACUUAAGGUAUCAUUCCAUUUUAGUUCAUUAGCUUCUAGUUAAAUUUAUAUUUAAAAUUACAACUUAUAUAUGAGGCCUUGGUUAAUAUAAUGAGGCAAUUAUUUGGGCAGACAAAGCUCUAUAAAUUGAUUCAAAGAAAUGCAAUCCAUUAUACUAAUUAUUUUUAAUAAAGUUCUUAAAAGAUUAGAAUUAAUACUUAGAAGCUUUGA